AUGCCAUCCUCAAGGCAAACUCCAUUAAAUGUCAAGAUUUUUAAUGUUCAAGAAAAACUGAAAGCACAUCAAGCAAAUGAAGAAAGAAAUGAAGAAGAAUCAAAAGAUGUUAUGUUUAGAUUUAAAAGAAAUCAUAAUGAAGAAAUGUGUACACGUUGUGUAACCAACAACUUGACUACUUCUUGGAGCAAAUCUGUUCCAAUUAUGUGA